GCCACCGUACCUCAAACUACACGUCCCACAAUGCAAAGCGCGCGAUGACGUGACGGCACCGGUCUGCCGCUCUGUCACACACAGACAGCUGAGGGGGGAUCCCGCUGCUCGGCCUGUUUAACAUCGAACACGUUGGAGUUUAUGCUGCGUUCAAAUGGCGAAGACGUACGAUUAUCUGUUCAAGCUGCUGCUGAUCGGAGACAGCGGAGUCGGCAAGACAUGUCUGCUGUUCAGGUUCAGCGAGGACUCCUUCAACACCACCUUCAUAUCCACAAUAGGAAUAGACUUCAAAAUCAGAACAAUAGAGCUGGAUGGGAAGAGAGUCAAACUUCAGAUUUGGGACACUGCAGGACAGGAGAGGUUCCGCACCAUCACCACAGCUUACUACAGAGGUGCUAUGGGUAUCAUGUUGGUCUAUGACAUCUGCAAUGAGAAGUCCUUUGAAAACAUUAAAAACUGGAUCAGAAAUAUUGAGGAGCAUGCCUCGUCUGAUGUGGAGAAAAUGAUCCUGGGCAAUAAAUGUGACAUGAAUGACAGGAGACAGGUGUCGAAAGACAGAGGAGAAAAACUGGCUAUUGAUUACGGGGUGAAGUUCUUGGAAACCAGUGCAAAGUCUAGUUUAAACGUGGAGGAGGCUUUUUAUACCAUGGGAAGAGACAUAUUGCAUAAUCUGAGCUCAAAGACAACUGACAACGGUGCCGGAGGGUCAGGCAAACCGGUCAAGAUCUCAGAGAAAAAGUCAAAGAGGAUUAAGUUCUUCAAAUGUUCGCUCCUCUAGGCUGCUCAUUUUUAGCGCUCGCAGCUCACAGCCUGUGUGACUUUGCUAUUUUGGAGCGUUACUGCCCCCUGAAUGUCCUCGUAGCAGCGGCAGCACUGGUCAUAAUCAGAGAGCCUUACUGCCGUCAUGAAGCUCCCAGUGUAAUGAGUGGUUGAGACGCUAUCGUGAUCUGAUGAGCGGAGGAGCAUCACAGAGGAAUGAGGCUUGAUACUGUAUAUGGCCUCGUGCGAAGACUUGUGCGUGAUCAUCAGCAGUGGUUUGUAGCUGGCCAUCAGUACCUGUCUCGCAGGAGGCAGUGAUGCUGUCGGCAUUAAUGAUACCUCUGGUGGAUCUCAUGAAAACAUCCCAGUUAUGCAUAGUUGUCGUAAAAAAAAGGAAAACGAUGUGAAAAAAAUUGUUUUUUUUCAUAUACUGUAGCAUUAUUUUAUCCAAACUACCUACUGUCUUAUUUAAUAUGAUGAUUCUGUGAGUCUCAGCACUGAUUGUAUUUGUCUGUGUGAAUUUCUGUGUAUUAAUAAUCUUAUGGUCUCCUGUUGCACUGGCAACAUUUCUGCUUGUUCAUGUGUGCCUAUAGAAGGACUUACAGUAUUGUUUUAAAAAAGACAAAUGUAUGUAUAAAUACAACCUACUGUAUUCUCUCAAUUUGUAUUUAUUCUUUUCAAACAGAGCCUUUAUUUAUACAGGUUUGUGUGACAAAAUGAAAUGGAAAAGGUUCUUUGUUUCUUGGAAGCUGUUACAUAUUGUUAUGCAGUUGUCAGUAUUUGCAUGGAAGCUGUAGGGACACCUCUGAGUGGGACAUUAUUGAGCACAUUUUACAUUUUAUCUCAAAAAUGUUUACAGACUGUAUUUCAAAGUGUCAACCAUAUAUAGGACAUUCAUGUUUUUGCUGUUCACAUAGUGUACAUGUGAUUAUUAAGAGUUGUAUAUAUCCCUCAGUUUCACCUUAAACUAUAGACAUUAAUCAUGUUGCCCUUUUCGUCUCUACAGUGAAAACACAAUGACAUGGGAAAGCUGUAAUGUAAAUGAUUGUGUUCGUAAGCUACUGUAUGUUACACCAGUGAAAAGUAAAGAA